UUGCAGCCUCUGUUUUCGCAGCAAAAAUGGAACCAAAAAUCAGGCAGUAGUGUUAGAAGACAGAGCAUCGGUUGCUUUUGCAUUUUGAUCAGGCGCCAAUGGGAGCGAAGUAUUUGACAACUUCGGUUUGAAAGCCGGUGGUCUGAACAGUAUCCCGGAGUUAGGAGCGACGUCUUGCGACACAGGAUAGCUUGAUGCCGGGUACGACGGUGAAUAGGGGAUAGUAGACAAGAGGCCCAUUUGCGCUGCUGACC